AUGACACAGGGAAAUGGUACCAUAGUGAGUGAAUUCAUUCUGCUGGGAUUUUUGGUUCAGGAAGAGGUGCAGUAUGCCCUUUUCCUUGGGUUUCUCAUCAUCUACAUAACAUCUGUAAUGGGCAAUGCUGGCAUGAUCCUCCUCAUCAAUAUUGAUUCUCGCCUUCACACCCCCAUGUAUUUUUUCCUCCAACACCUGUCCUUUGUUGACCUGUGUUAUACCUCUGCUAUCACUCCCAAGAUGUUACUGAACUUCCUGGUAUCCAACAAAUCUAUCUCCUUUUCAGGAUGUGUGUUACAGUUAGAGGUUUAUGGAACCUUUGCCGUCACUGAAUGUUACCUUCUGGCUGCCAUGGCCAUAGAUCGGUAUGUGGCCAUCUGUAAACCUCUGCGCUAUCCAAUGAUCAUGUCCCGAAGAGCCUGCAUACAGCUGGUGGCUGGAUCCUAUUGCAUGGGUUCUGUGACUGUAUCCACCCAAGUUGCUUUUCUCUUUUCCCUAUCCUUCUGUAACUCCAACAUAAUCAAUCACUUUUUCUGUGAUGCCCCACCAAUCCUUGCACUUUCCUGUUCCAGUGUUAAUAUUAAUGUCAUGAUGUUAAUUCUCAUUUCGGGCCUCACCCUGUCAACCACUAUGAUGGUUGUCUUCUUCUCCUACACACACAUCCUAUCUGCCAUCUUGAAGAUGCACUCUGCCACAGGGAGAUACAAGGCCUUCUCCACCUGUGCCUCCCACCUGACAGCUGUCACCAUUUUAUACGGGACUCUUCUUUACAUGUAUUUACAACCUUCUUCCAGUGAGUCCCAGGAGAACAAUAAAGUAGCCUCUGUAUUUUAUGGCAUCAUGAUCCCCUUGCUGAACCCUCUAAUCUACAGCUUAAGAAAUAAGGCUGUCAAAGAGGCAGCGAAAAUUCUGGGGAAGAGUUGCUCAUGA